AUGGCUUUUCAUAGCGCGGGAGAGGGGAACCAGGAGGAGAAUGGCCGGCAAAACGGAAAUCAUGAAGAUGUAACGGUGGUGAUGGUUCCUCUGCCGGCGCAAGGACACCUCAACUUGUUCCUCCAUCUUGCUCGUUACGUCUCAUCCUAUAACGUUCCGGUCCACUAUGUUUGCAGUCCGGCUCACUCCCGUCAGGUACAAUCCCGCAUCCAUGGUUGGGAUCACAAGGAUGAUGAUGAUGAUCUUCAUGGGUGCUCGAGAAACAGAAUCACAUUCCAUGAAUUCGGAGUCCCUAGUUACGAAACACCUCCACCAAAUCCGAAUAAUCGUACCAAAUACCCUGUCCAAUUAUUGCCAGCUUUUUACGCGUCGCUUCAUCUUCGAGAACCAAUCUCGCAACUCUUGCAAAAGCUGUCAAACAAAACCAGGAGGCUAGUGGUAAUACACGACGCCUUGAUCCCGUACGUUGUCCAGGACAUAUGUUCGAUUCCAAACGGUGAAUCUUAUUCCUUCCUCAGCACUUCUGCCUUUUACACUUACUCCGUUUAUUGGGAACUGGAAGGAAAACCCGAAUCGUUGCCUGAAUCCCAAUUGCUUCAACUAUUGCCUAAAGAUACCUACCCACCUGAGGCCAUCGCGUACAUGCUAUCACAAUUAGAAGUCAAAAUAAACAGCUCUGGAACCCUUUUCCAUUCAUGCAGAGCCAUUGACGGCCCGUAUCUCGAUCACCUAACCAAGCUAAAUACCUUCACCAAGAAGUAUUGGGCAGUGGGUCCGCUGAAUCCUAUAACAGGAGGCUUGAGGAAAUACGAGGAGGAGCAAAAACCCAGACAUCACUGUCUGGAGUGGCUUGAUAAGCAAGCUCCGAAUUCCGUGGUGUUCGUGUCGUUUGGUACCACGACUUCGCUUUCGGACCAAGAGAUUAAGGUGAUCGCGGUCGGGUUGGAAGAAAGCAAUCAGAAGUUCUUGUGGGUGCUCCGAGAUGCAGAUACAGGGCACUUGUUCAACCAAAAAGAUAGGAGUCUGGAAGAUAAAUUGCCACAAGGGUUUGAAACUAGGAUGAACAGGAGAGGAAUCAUUGUGAGGGAUUGGGCACCUCAGUCGGAUAUUCUUGCACAUUCAUCAACUGGGGGAUUCUUGAGUCACUGUGGAUGGGGUUCUUGCAUGGAAAGCAUUAGUCGCGGUGUGCCAAUGGCUUUGUGGCCAAUGCAUUCGGACCAUCCCACGAAUUCGGUGUUAAUGACACAAGUGCUGAAAGUAGGCCUGCUUGUUGUGGAUUGGUCACCUGCUCAUGGAAAUGUGACGCCCAAAGCUAUUCAAAAUGCUGUGAGAAGAUUGAUGGAUUCAUCUGAGGGAGAUGCCAUGAGGCAAAGGGCCCAAGAAGUGAGCAAAACGGUGAAGGAAUCUAUUGCCGCGGGUGGUGGACGGCCAUUGGAGAUGGAUUCUUUCGUUGCUCACAUUCGGAGAUGAUAAUUUUCAUUCAUGCGCGUGUGGCUGUGUGUGUUUCCAUGGACGUUUGUUCGAAGUUUCAACACGCGCUAUAGUUAUAUAACAUGUUCUCCAUGUUUGCUUUUGUUUUGUGUUUUUUUUUUUACCUGUGU